AUGGCUAUUGACGCUGCAUUCCUCGAGUCCAAUGACGGCCAAGCCUACGUCUUCAAAGGAGAUCGUAUGGUUUGCAUCAAAGUCGUUCCAUCCACAAUCCACGACAAGGUUAUCUGGGGACCAAAGUCACUCGCAACCGGCUGGAAACCUCUUGCCAAAGUCGGUUUCACCAAGGUCGACGCAGUUCUUCCAGUCCCCAACAACAAGGGUCACAUAUGGGUGUUCAGUGGAACUCAAUAUGCCCGGAUCGAUAUGGACAAAGAAUCCGUUUGGUUUGGUCCUGCGCCAAUCGCUAAGCAUUGGCCGUCGCUCGUCAAGGCGGGCUUCACUACCGUCAGUGCUGUUUUCCCUACUCCGGGAGAACCGAAUCAUGCGUAUUUCUUCCACAAGGAGCAAUUCGCCCGCAUCACCUUAACUCCCGGCAAGGAUGAAGACACGGUUUACGAUGGUCCUGCUCCUCUUGCCAAGCGUUGGCCGGCCCUUGAGAAAGCAAAAUUCACUACUAUUAAUGCUGUGAUUCCGACUCCAGGAUUCGCUAAUGAUGGAUACUUUUUCUGUGGCGAGCAGUAUUUACGUCUUACUGUUACACCUGAUGAUAACCGUGACACGGUUGUGUUUGGGCCUGCUCCUAUCCAGAAGCAUUGGACUUGUCUUAAAGAUCUGUGA